UUCUCUCUCGCCUACAAUCCCAAAACCUGGUGUGUUUUUUAGGGUCUUAUUUCCGGUCGAGUCCACUGCCGCUUUCCCUUCAAAGCCGACUCCUCACUCUCGCUCUCGUUCUCAGCUUCAUACGCAACCAGAAAGUCCUAAAAGAGAAGAUCUUUUGAACAUGGUGGGGUGGCAGAGACAUUUACAAUGUGCACUUCGUCAAGUUGGGAGAAGAUUAGAACAUAAUUAUACUCAUUCUACCAACUAUUCUUCUGUUUCUCGCUUAAACUCCCCUGUUUUACCUCGUGAACUGCCUAGUUAUCAGAAAUUGUGGAAAUCUCCUGCUAGUAUGUCACCGCCUUUAUAUCGAUAUUUCCAGCAGUUGGGAAUUUCCACUUCAAGGAAGUUACUAGCAGGUUCAUCUGAAGAGACACCAAUUGCAUCACCAUUAACCCCUGUUUUGGCAAUAGAUAGUGGAAAGACUGAAGAGAAGAAAGUUGUUCCCAAUCGCACAAAAGUUCAAGCAGUGUUAAAGAAAAUAAAACAGAGUCCUAAGAAGGUCAACUUGGUUGCUGCAUUAGUUCGUGGUAUGCGUGUUGAGGAUGCUUUAUUACAGUUGCAAGUGACGGUAAAGCGUGCUGCUAAAACUGUCUAUCAGGUUAUUCAUUCGGCUCGAGCAAAUGCUACCCAUAAUCAUGGAUUGGACCCAGACCGUCUGCUAGUUGCUGAGGCAUUUGUCGGGAAGGGAUUAUUUUUGAAAAGAGUUUCAUAUCAUGGUAAAGGGCGAUCCGGAAUUAAAGAGAGACCCGAGUGCCGACUAACUGUUGUAGUGAGGGAAAUGACCCCUGAAGAGGAGGCUGAGUUAGCCCGACUGAGGGUAAGCAAAUUUCGCAAGCUUACUAAGCGCGAAAAACGACUUGUACCUCAUAAACUUAUCGAAACCACUCCUAUUUGGAACCGCAAAGGCAGGACUCAGGAACCAAAUGGUAUGGCUGCAUGAGAUUUCUCACCUCCGUAAAAGCUAGAAAGUUUUGAAGUGCUAAAAAGUUUGUAGUCUUUAAUUAUUUUUUCUUGGUACAUUACAAAUUGGAGUAGAGAUGAUGUUGCUAGGGUUUGAACCGUACACCUCGAGGUGCCAACAGAGACUUUUUAAUCACUUGGUCCUUUGAAUUGGCACAUAUGGGUGCUUUAAUAUAGUUUUCAGUGGCUGGAAAUGGAUUUUAAAAUGUAGAAUUUCUAUUUCAUCUUUGUCCUUUAUCCUUUAUUUCUUGAAAAAGAAGAAAAAGAGAGAAUAUAGGAAGAAUAAAUUUUUGAA